AUGCUCGGCCAGGUUAUGCUUCUCGUCGCGACGGCUACGCUCCUCCACGCCGCAUUUUCCACAUACGAACACCUCUCCCAUUUGAAGGCACUGGGACGGCCGGAGGGCGCGCUCCCGAGCGAUAUUGUCCUCGAGGCUCUUGCGUCGUUAUUCCUGGCUAUCGUCGGUGCGACGCUGCGCAGCUCGCCAUUACGAGAGGUAACUUGGCGGAGCGAGAUGAAGCGUCGCGCCCAAGAGGAGGACCAGGAUCCACGGCUGUCAUUUGCCACCUUCGCGCAGCGAGCAGGGAUUGUGCCGCAAGCUCCUUCAUCGUCAUCAUUGUGA